GUGUGUGUGCAUAUGUGACUGUGAAUGUGCGUGUGUGUGUGUGUGUGUGUGUGUGUGUGUGUGUGUAUGCAUGCGCACCGAAGCUGGCGCGAGCUGGUCCAGCAGCACCGCGCGGCGGCGACAGCAGCGCGGUCACACCGUUAAACAUCAUUCUGCGGAUUAUUGAGGGCUCGUGAGAUUUGAGGGGUGCAGGAGGAUUUGACCCAGCAGCAUCAUAGAGGAGGGCGCUCGAGCUCCACUGUUUUUCACGCACGGCACGCACGUAGACCCGGUGAAAUCGUCACGCGGAUAGAAUCUGUCGCGGCGCGUGUGUGUGUGUUCCUGCAUCCCGGUACAGAGAGGAGAGGUCCGGUCCGGUCCGGUAGCACCGCGUGGAGGAGGAGGUAGAGAGCGCUGGAGACUCGUGGUCGAACCGGAGCAUCCCUCUCUCCUCCCGGCAGCAUCCAUCAUCCCUCCGCGCCUCAGCUCCAGCGGGAGGCCCGGAGCGGCGGCAGGAUGUAGCAGCGGAUUAACGGAGGAGAGAGGAGCGGGGCGCUCAGAGGAAGAGAGCGGGACCGAGCGGACUGAGGCGGGACGGAGGAGGGGACAUGGGGAAGGACCAGGAGCUGCUGCAGGCCGUGAAGACCGAGGACCUCCUGACUGCUCAGCGGCUUCUACAGAGACCUCGGCCGGGGAAAGCCAAGCUCCUCGGCGCAGCAAAGCGAGUGAACGUCAACAUCCAGGAUGCAGACGGGUUGGCACCGCUGCACCAUGCUGCUCUGAGUGGUAACAAGGAGCUGAUCUCUCUGCUGCUGGAGGCCCAGGCAGCCGUGGAUAUCAAAGACCAUAAAGGGAUGCGUCCUCUGCAUUACGCCGCAUGGCAGGGGAAGACUGAACCAAUGAAAAUGCUGCUGAAGUCAGGCUCGUCAGUCAACGGGCAGUCAGAUGAAGGACAGAUCCCUCUCCACCUAUCAGCUCAGCACGGACACUAUGACGGGUCGGAGAUGUUACUACAACACCAGUCCAACCCGUGUAUCUCAGACUCAGCUGGGAAAACACCUUUGGACCUCGCCUGUGAAUUUGGACGUGUCGGAGUGGUCCAGCUCCUGCUGAGCAGUAACAUGUGUGCAGCCAUGCUGGAACCGAAACCCUCCGACCCCAACGGAGUGUCACCUCUACACCUCGCUGCCAAGAACGGACACAUUGAUGUCAUACGGUUGCUGAUUCAGGCUGGUAUAGAUAUCAACAGACAGUCCGAGUCUGGCACAGCGCUACAUCAGGCAGCCCUCUGUGGGAAGACAGAGGUAGUGCGCCUGCUGCUGGAUAGUGGGAUCAGUGCCGGGGUGAGAAACACUCUGAGUCAAACAGCCUUGGACAUCGUUAACCAAUUCACCACCACACAGGCUAGCCGAGAGAUCAAACAACUACUGAGAGAUGCCUCGGCUGCGAUGCAGGUGCGUGCGCUGAAGGAUUACUGCAACAACUACGACCUGACCAGCCUCAACAUCAAAGCUGGAGACAUUAUCACGGUUUUGGAGCAGCACUCUGAUGGCCGAUGGAAAGGCUGUAUUCAUGACAACCGCACAGGAAAUGACCGUGUGGGCUACUUCCCCUCCAACAUGGUGGAAGUCAUCAAGAGGGCAGGUCACUCCCCCUCCCAGCAGUGCCACACCCUCCUGCUCCGCAGGCCCAACCCCUGUCCCAUAUCCACGAUCAACGGACACUCAUACCCCCCCUCCAAAGUCCUCCCCCUGCAUCUGCCUCCCCCUCCUCCCCCUCACCCCAACGCACAGUCCCUCCCACGGUUCUCCUCCUUUGGGUACGUUCCUCUUCCCAUCUCUCCUCCUUCUCUGUCCACUCCUCCUCCUCCUCCUCCUCCUCCUCCUCCUCCCCCUCCUCCUCCUCCUCUCUCCACUUCUCAGGAGCAGCAGAGUCAGACAGGUGCGCGGACCGCUGAGCUGAGUCCUCAAGGUUCUCCAACUCUGGGACAGCAGAGCAGCACCAGUGAGGAAAUCUGGGUGCUACGCAAACCGCUGUCAGGUGCCGAGCGCAGCGGCAGCGUGGGCAGCAUCGGCAGUAUUCGGUCAACCAGUAGCUUGCAGAGCUCUGGAAACACACAUGUUCUGACCACCCCCGCACCCAGUCCACAUCCGGCACCCACACCAGGGGUCAACACACACGGCCUUAACGCUCCAGGCCUGCACGCACAAGCUGAAGGGGUGAAGCUCCUGGCCACCGUGCUGGCCCAGUCGGUAAAAGCCAAGGAGCAUCUCUUGGAGCAGUCGCAGUCUGUUGAGCAGUCAGCGACUCAAGGCUCCUCCAGUUGCACAGUUCACGAACAGCGAUCGUUUGAACGGAAGACAGAGGAGGAUGAUGGGAAAAAGCAGGCAGUAGUGGCGUGGCUGGGUGAGUUUCAGCUGCAGUUCUACACCACCCACUUCCUCACCGCGGGAUAUGAUCUAGACACCAUUAGCUGCAUGACCCCUGAGGACCUGACGGCAAUCGGAGUCAUGAAGCCUGGACAUCGAAAGAAGUUAACAUCAGAGAUCAGCAAGCUGCCCUCCACAGACUGGCUGCCAGACCACAAGCCUGCCAAUCUGGCAGACUGGCUGUCUCACCUGGGUCUUAGUCAGUACUACCAGGUCCUGGUGCAGAAUGGGUAUGAAAACAUUGACUUCAUCUCCGACAUCAGCCUUGAAGAUCUGCAAGAGAUUGGCAUUACCAAACUCGGCCAUCAGAAGAAGCUGAUGUUAGGAGUGAAGAGACUGAAGGAGCUCCAGAAGGGAGAGAGAAGCUCUGAGCCUCCUCAGAGCCCCUCUACACCUCCAUCCAGCCCAGGUAGCAGCACCGGCUCAGAGCCCCGCAAGGAGGUGAGGAAGCAGAGGGAAGGCGGCCCCAGCCCGCUCGCCAAACCUCGCCCAGGUCUCACACAUUCACAGACCCCUCCCCACUCACUGACACAAAGCCCACCACAAACCCCCCCACACGGCCGAACCCAACAGGCCUCCCCCAGGGCUCGGCCGCGCCCCUCCACUCAGAUGGCGUCAGUAGAUUCGUCAGUACCGCUGCUUCGCCUGCCCAGUGAGGAGGAAGAGCGACGGAGGACUCACAGUCUAAUUGGCUCAGAAUCAGACUCUAGAUACGCCACCGUGUGCCGCAGCAGCUCCUCACAUACCGCCCCUAAUGAUGUCACUGUUAACCGCAGCCAAUCAUCUGUCACCCUCCGUCCCCGUCGGAAAGGUCGGCCCCCGACACCACCUAAACGGUCCUGUUCUUCCAUUACUGGGGGUGACGGGGAGGGAGAGGGACAGGUGGAGGGGCUGCUCGGGCUGCCAACCUAUCGAGAGCGGCGAGCCAGCGACUGCGGCAGCCUGGGAUCAGCUUUGAGAUCUCAGGAAUCAGCAGGCCUGGAGAGAUCAGAGGGGGCUUCUGGGAGUGUUCGCAGCCUUGCCGCCAUGCUGGAAACAUCCAUCGUAGGUGGAGCCAAAACCCUGCCGAGGAAUCUGGGAGGCAGCACCAACUACCUACAGGUGAGUCCGCCAUUACUUCGUCGGCAGGCAGGUGCAGGCGGUCUUGGAGCUGAUGAUGAUGAUGUCUUAAGUCGGCGCAGGACCAUCAGUGGACCAGAAGGCCUUCCUGGUGAUCAGAUCGACCUGUUACCUCGGCAACCAGCCCAGCAACGUCCAGAGCCUCGGCCCCGCUCCACCGUGGUCUCCUCAGCAUCAGAGAUCACAGACGGCACGGCGACGCUCCGAAGGAGGCCACGUCCUCCGCCGACAGACUCUGAGGCACCUGCAUCCGUGGAAACCAAUGCUGUCACCAUGACAACCGGCUCUGACACCAUACGCAGGAGACAACGCCCGUCCGAGCAUACAGAAAGUGUCAUUCAAAGCAAUAACCAAUUAGACUCUCCCAGCAGUCAAACAGAUAGCAGCCAGAAAAACGGAGGCGAGCCGCAGCAGAACGGCGGCGUGGUCCUGAGGCGGAGGCCGGUCUCUGAGGUAUCUGAUAAGACGGAGGCCAACAGAGAGAGCUGUGAGUGGAUGGAGGCUAGAAAGUGUCUGAAGCCGCCGGUAUCACCCAAACCGUCCACAGUCACCCUGAGGAAGGCACAAGCUGACCCCCCGACACCGACUCGCAGGGUACCCAUACCCGGGCCCGAUAAUACUGAGAUGGCACAGAGCCCUGACUCGAAGCGCGUCCCUCCUCCUAUAUCACCGAAACCCCGAGGGCCUCCAACAGCACCUAAACCAGGCAAAGCAAUAGUAGCUUCAGCUGCCUCGAGUCCUGCUGCUACCAGCCCAGCUGCAGCCAGCCCCACCCCGGCACCCAGACCCUCCUCUCCGCUCUCCGCCGCUCCUCUUCCAGCUCCUGACACCCCCUCUGCUCCCUCCCUCUCUCCGGGACUUCCCCUUACUUCCCCCUCUCCGGCCCAGAGCCCCUCCACGCCCUCGCCACACCCUGUCAAACCUCCCCGCUCCUCCAUCGCCGGCCUCUCCAUCGACCUGCUGGGAGGACGGGAGGCGGAGGAGGAAGAGGAGAGGAGGAGAGAGGAAGAGGAGAGGAGGCGAGAGAGGGAGCACAGAGAGCAGGAGGAGGAGGAGGAGAGGAAGAGAGCAGAGGAAGAGAAUCUUAGGGAGCUGGAGAGUGGAGUAGAGGAAGUGGAGCAGGAGGAGGAGGAGGAGGUGCAGCAUCGUUUGGAGGAGACCAGUGCCUCCUUGGCUGCAGCCGUGCAGGCUGUUGAACAUAAAAUCAAAGAGGAGGACGCACAAAAUGACGCUCUUUCCAGCAAAAAAUCCACAGUCUCCAUCUUGGACGACAUCGGCAGCAUGUUUGACGACUUGGCAGACCAACUGGAUGCGAUGCUCGACUGAUCUCCUGCCCACGUCUCAUCUCCAACAGGCCCUUUUCCCUUCACCCCACCCUCAUCAUGUGUAGGUGUAUCAAGAAAACUCUCCCAAGGCUCGACGCUGGCGCUCUGAGAGUGUGUGUGUGUUUGAGCGCUUCUCAUGUAGCCUUGUACAGUAAUACCGAGGAGGGGGUCCUCUUCGUCUGGCGCAGUAGCUCUAGUGCACCUCCCGAUGCGAGGAGGAGGCCGCUCCCACACAACCUCUGACCUCUGCAGCCCAGCGAGUCGCCGCCGAACGCCGAACGCCGCCGCCGCCGCCACCCAGCCUCAGACAGCUGCGUGGACCCAGAAGCACAAUCAUUUUCCUCAUCCUUUUAUCUCUACAGACUCUGACAGAGAUGCUAAGUCAGUCAGACGGGGAGGCAGACAGAUAAGCAUAUUGCUUGCAAAAAAAAAUAAGCACAUAAACUGAGUGACAGACAGGCAGAUAGAAAGCUUGAUAGAUAGACAAGAUGCAUACAGAUGAGAUACCGGAAAGCGUUUUUAAAAGCACAUGGAAAAGACAGGCCGCUUUCUGAGUCUGUCCCACUCCUGCGAUGUCAAAAGGAUGCAUUUACUCCAGAUGAAUCGCAGCCUCUGUUUCUCUUCUGUAUGAGUGGAGGAUUGUGGUUAGCCGGACUUCCUGACCUGUGUGUUGUCUCUCUUCAUGUUGUUGUUGUUGCUGUUGUUGUUAUCGUUGCCGUUGUUGUCGUUACGACUGUGUGUAGUCCCUGCUGAUGCUCAUGUCAAUGUCCUCCCACUCGUACAGUAGUUAUUCUAAUGAUCAGAACGACGAUAUAGAUGUGUGUCCACGAGACACUCGCAUACAAAACACACACACAACAUUGGUUUUAAUCUCGCUGGUGUUCUGCUUCGUUGGUGUUUCGCUCCAUCUAUGGAGGUUUGCUUGGAAAUGAAUCUACACAUUUACAUAACAUACACACAAUUACAUGCAAAGACACAUAUAUACAAGCACACUCAUGCCGUGUAUCCCUUUGUCCUGCUGCAGUGAACAGUGUUUUUGAAAAGAUAAUCCUAUAUUUCAAUGCUUUAUAUAGUACAUCCAGUAUACAUAGAGUUUAUAAUAUACCUGGGUAUUUGAGCUGUUAGAGCUCCCUCUAGUGUUGGUUAGUGAAACUGCCUCUAAUCUGCCCACCUGCCAUCUUGUCUCCCCCUCCUUUUGACCCCCCUCUGUGUCUGUUUUGUUAACUCUGCAUCUCUCUGUGCCUUGGUAGUGUUCUUUCAUAUAUUUUUUUGUCUUUUUUUUCUUGUUUUCCACUCACAUGUUUAAUGGUUUAUCUGGAUCCUUACAAACCCUUGCUCCUCGUGUGUCUGUGAUGUCAAAAGUAGCUUAUAGGUUGAGUUGUGAGUCCUAUAUGAUCCCCUAAAAUCAAUCACCCUGUCUGCAGUCCUGCUGUAACCAUUGAGAAGCCUCUGCGAGCCCAUACUAUAAGCGCCCUCUGUAAGCUGUAAUAAACUGGCUCCGCUCCGCUCCUCCUCGGCUUCCCCAGUUUUCAGUGGUCCCCCCCAUGUAGGCCAGACAGUGGAUCAACCACCAGUGUUCAUCCCAAUGAAGAGUCCACUUGUAUUUUUAUGCUCUUUGAAAACAAAGAUAUAUUUGAGAGACAGAUGGUUCUAUGUGAAUAAUAAUAAUAACAAUAAUGAUGAUAAUUAUAGACAGGAGAGGUGAGCUGAUUGAGCCUGUACAUUUAUGGUUGAGUUCUGGAUGUGUUGUGACGGCUGUUGUGCCAUGGUUGGGUUUAGGUUGUGUUUCUGCUGUGACGAUGCAUUCCUGUACAGCUGUGAUCAGAAUAAAUGUAUAAAUUAAACCUUA